CGUUGAGUGCACGAAAUAUGGUCUACUCUCCGACACAGGAAGAAGGAUGUUACUUACUUUUCUUGAGCCUCUCUCAUUGUCAUUACCUAGAUGCCUGUAUAGAGCGUAACUGGAAAAAGCAGGCGUGUAGGGUUAGCUCUCACCCGGAGCGCUUCUUGGUGCGUAGUACAAGGGUACAGCAGUGGUUACAGGGUAAGUACUGAAAAAAAUGCCACACAGUCGAUGAACCGUUGGACGAAGAGACGCGGGGAGCGGGAGCGGCUACGGUGGGCGCUCGCUGCGCAGACCAGUAACACCGGCACCAGAACGACGGAGACAGAACAAGUACUACGGGAAGACGGUCUUCAGCGCUGCACCGCAGCACGGUUCGGGCAUGCUGUGCCCGAGCGGCAGACGGAGGACGACCUCGAGAGCGUCUCCACUGAUGACCGGUCACAAGGUUCGGGUCCUCCCAUCUCCAGUCCCAAGGUGCACGACGACCAGUGUACCCUGACAGCAGGCGAAGCACUGGUGCCGUGUGCGACAAAAAGAGUUCUGGAAGAAAUGGUACUGCGUGUUCUUCGAGACGAGGUAAAUCUGUUCGGCUUGAAGCGACUGACCGCUUGCGAGGUUUCUGCCAACCUGAUCGAACGGACGGACCUCGACUUUUCCUCUUACCUCUUUGCUCCUGAAGAUGCGACUAUUGGCAUCCUGCCCUGCCAUGAAAAACAAAAAGCACAGGAGUCAACCCUCGAUGACAAGAACGAUUCCCACGACCAACUGAUUUGCCCGCCGAAAUCAGAGAAACGUGCGCGCAAGCUCGCGCGCGAGGCAAUGGAGGCCCUGACGGAGGAGAAAAGAAGCUUGCUGUUGAGACGCCCAACGAGCCUGUUUGUUUACGCGGUUCUAUGCAAGCGCUUCGCGAUUGCCAACUGCCUGUUGCAAGCAUGCGCAGGGAACCCGAGGGUGUUUCUCUUUAGCCAGCAAACCGCAGAAGAAGGCUUGCCCGCCGAGGUGCAAGCGGCUGUGGGAAACCUUCUUCGUUGCAAGCUACACACCGCCUUUGCGUCGUACGUUUUCCAGACACUAGCAGAACUGAUUUCGUUCCCGGGGUCUGCUGCCUCCGCGGACGCAGCAGAGGACUAUUCAUGUCGGUUGUGCGGGUCCUCUCACAAUGAAAUUCUUUUCAAGUGUCCCCAAAAAUGCAAUGAACCAGCGGCAGAACAUUCUUCACGGCAGCACCAUUUCUGCGAGACGUGCUUCUGGAGUUUCGUCGCUGCACCCGCGCGCGAGCCCCUACUCCGGGGAGACUCCGAGUCCAGCGAGGCUUUCCUAUGCUGUCCUUGGUGCCGCCGCGAGCUGGCACCGGCGCGGAAGGACGCAGCUCCACACCGCUGUGGUCCCGCUGUCGCGCCAUCGUGUGCUGCUCGUUCGGCCGCCGAUAUGUCGCUCGCGCGCUUUACGGCGUUACCGACGGAGACGCCGGACACGCUGUCGACGUACUUGAAGAAGCUUAGCAACAAUUUUACGAAGACCGUGCCGUUGUCGCUGCACGAGACGAAGGCGCUCAACGUCGGCUGUUCGCAACAGGAACGUACGAAGCAGUGGAUCCGUGCCGUCGCGAGCAAGGACGUGCUGCGACUCCGGGCCUUGCUGCACGCGGGCGUCGACGUGGACGCGCGGUGCUCGGAAUACGGCGCCACGGCUUUGUUUCGGGCCUGCGAGGAGAAUUGGGGCCGCGGCGUGCGGUUCUUGCUGGACGAGUGCGGGUGCACAGUUGGUGACGCGAACAAUGGCUUGUCCACGGCGGCUCUUACCUGGCGGGCUAACGAACUUCGGCGAGGCGGGUCUGAUUCGCUGGGUGAUGCCCGACAGCGCAAAGAGGCAACCGAAAUUACACUCGCGAAGCUUGGCUGCACCAAUUAUUGCUCCAGCGUUGAAGAAGACGUCAAAAGCUGCCCGGCUCUUGCAGAUUUUCAGCAGAAGCAGGCGCACUACAAAGAAUUCCUGGAGAAGUGUAACGCGGAACUGAUGCGACGAUGGAAUGUAAUCAGAACAGUACCAGUUGGGAGGACAGCGACGUCUGAAGGGCCAUGGCUGAACGAAGCCGAGACAGAAAAACCAAGUUCAGGCACUGGUCUGGCCGAUGACCGUGCUGCUCGUGAUGAAAGUGAACAACAACAAUCUCCUUUCCCCGUUCCUCGGGCCACUGUAGUGUACGACUGCGAGUUGGCCGGGAAUAAAUCUCCGAGUGGGCCCGUUUCGUCGUGUGCAGCUACUAGCGAAAAGCAACUACAUGCGACGAGUGCCUUUAUAGUUGACGACGUUUUUCCGGAGUGCUUCCUCGACGCACUGCGGUUCAUCUUUGGCGAAUUGAAAGCGGUCGAGAAAAUGGGGAAAUCCGAUGUUUGUGCGGCCAGGCGGUAUUUUUCGGAUACUGAAUUUCUCAUACAGCCGUGGCUCUCCUACGCCGUGGAGACGCGAGUGUACAAGUACGAUGCACAAGAGAAGUGUCAAGAGAGCGGGAAUACUGCUGGCACGACUGUGGAAGACAAGGAGAUACCCAAAGAAGAAGACGCCUGGAGAAUGAUGCUGCGUGAUAUGGCGACACACAAUCGAACAUACAAAAACAUGCGGUUUUUGAACUACCACACUGCGGGUGGCGCCGUCUCGCGACACACCGACCUUUCUCGCACCGACGCUCAGGGAUUUACUUCCACCCAUACUUUUCUGCUCUAUUUCGACGUGUGUAGUACAAGUGGGGCAGACGCACGCACCGAGCGUGGUGCCAUUAGUGGGACGAAGGUAGCCAUGGCUGGCGACAUGAAUACUGAUGACCAAAACGCCAAGGAUGCCGGCCCUUCUGAGGACGCGAGGCAAGUGGACUGCCCAAAUGGGGGAGAAACGCGGCUGUAUUUGAGGGACUCAGACGGUUUCUCAGCAUCGGGAGCAACGGCCUCCGGGCGACGUGCGGUAAACAACGAAGAUGAACACUCCGGACACUUUCAUGAUGUUUCUCCGAAGAAUGGGAGGUUGCUCCUGUUUCCCCACGACUGUUGGCACGAGGGGCUGGCGGUUGUGGACCCGCCAAAGGUUCUGCUGCGAGGAGAGAUUCUGCUUACUGGGUGAUUCAGUGUCUUUGUGAUGGCUGGGUGAUCUACGUUUCACACCGUCUUCGAUCGCCAAUUUCGAUUCUUGCGCAGAACGCCGAUAAAUCAUGAAAGGUGUGGACACAAUUCGAAUCGAUUGCUGAACGAGAGUGCUCCCCGGGGCCAAACUUGUGCAUCGAUUGCUCUCGGCUCGUUUUCGGAGGUUCAUGAUCUGUAUCGUUCUUGCAGAAGGUUGUCAACUGCGAGUGCUCCGCCGGCACAGAAAGUCUCAUAUCGAUCCGCAGAAGGGCUUGAAAACAAGGCAAUAAAUCAAAGGAAUGUAGCGUGACGUUACUAUGGGCAUUCUUUCGGAGCUUCUCAUCUCCGCCCGGUCUGGGUUCGACUCAAGCCUCUACGAGCGGCCGCGGUUCGCAAACGCGCUAAGCCUUGCGCAGGAACCUGACGCUGCAUCGUGUGCGGGGCUGGAUCACCAAUUGAAUGGCAGACACGGUCACACAAAGCAUCGCACCGCGUUCUGUUGCGUGAAGAAGGUCGACGGGGGCAAAGAAGAAGAUCUGUGUGUGGCGAAGACGCCGGAAGACAAAACAGCUUGCAACGAGAAGGGUGGCGAGGUCAAAGGUGACAAGUCGUGCCCGAGUAAGCCUCCAUGCUCAAGUGCGUAAGUACUGAUGUCCAUAGCGACAAGUGAGACCGACUGAAGUUUCGAGCUCGGAACCUUAAGCGCGAAAAGAACUUGUUACUACUCAAUCUUUUUGUUAGAAGCGAACCUACCUCACGUGCCUGCAAUGCCACAAUAUCUGAGCUUGCUGGCAGGUAAGAAGCGACGAACAAUACCAAUGGCAGAAGGUCGUCCUUGUCUUGAGGCAGUCAGAU